AUGAAUUACAGUGUAUCGUUUUUUAGAUAUCGGCGAUCGCUCAUCAAUAAUAAAGCGAUCCUGAGUACGCCCAUUAUUCGCUUUUUGACAAAAUUAUCUCCUGAGAAUCGUAUUCGAACUAAAUCUGCGCCUCUAAAGCCCCCCAAAAAAUUCAAACAAGUUAAUAGUCAAACUGAAAUUUCACUAAAUGAAACGAAAGCUAUAUCUAUUCCAACGCAUGCUGACUUCCCACAACUGCCCAAAAGCAUAUUUUCUGAGCCCUGGGUAACGAAAAAUUGGCUUACAUUAUCCGAGCUAGGCAAAGUGAUCGAGGGAAGUACUCUAAAUAGCAGACGAGAAAAGGGGGUUCACCAAUGGAGGUCUACAUAUACCUGGAUAUCAAAAGACGGCAAAAAGUAUGUUGGCACCUGCUCCACGGGAUCAAAGAUCAAAGCUCGCAAGACCUCAGCCAGCCAACUAUUAGCUAUCUUAGGCAAAAAUGGAGUACUGGCCGAAAUUUCCAAAGAACUAGAAGAUACUGAGAAAGAAAGAAAAAAACUUCAAAAAGAGAUGGAAGCUAUUGGUCCCCGAGGAAAGCUUGAAAUUUACAAUUAUGCUGCAAGCUAUCUUUCAAUACCGCAAGUUAAGAUAAUUUCACACACGCACGGGAACAAAUUUGGUACAAGUAAAGCCAAGUAUACUGUGUCAAUCGAGCUUGAGGAACAAAAUAUCUUUGUGGAAGCCUCAGGAAAUAAAAUUUCAUUGACAGAAAUUGAAGCUUGUCUUCAAUUCAAAAAAGCUGUUGAAGAAUAUCACCGGGAAAAGAGCCCCUCAAGCUCUUCAAACUCUCAUGAUUAUAUCCCGGGUACCAGCAGCAAUAACGCUAGCCUUGUCUUAAAUCACCUGCAAGCGAAAGAUUUUAUCUUCUAUUGUAAGCAACUAUUACCAAAUUCAUCUGUUAUAACACUGAAAAGUGGAAAUUUACCAAACAUUAAGCACGAAGCUGGAAACCUACUACAUUCUUGUCAAGUCAUGUUGAAUGGUGACCCUAUUGGAACAGAGACCUUUGCACCAAAAUAUAAAGAUGCUGAAAUCCUAGCAUACCUUACAGGUGCAGUAGAUUUAGCUAAAAAAUAUCCUGAAAUUCUAAAACAGUUCUUCAAUGCAAAUAGAGGGGUCAGCGGGAAAAUAGUUGAUGCUUUGAUUCCUGUUCCGUUUAAAAUCAGUCACGACUUACUCUCAUUUAUCUCAAAGGUGACGAGACCAAUUCUUAGCGCCCAUGUAGACGAGCCCAUCGAUCCUAGAAUAGAAGCAGAUCAGGAUUAUCUUAAAUUUCGACGCUCCUUUUCCCAAAAACUUGGAGCUGACGAGAUCACUACCCGGAAUAGGCACUUGAGGACGAAAUAUGAGGCAUACCUUCGAAACUCAUCAUUUCAAACGAUUAGAGAACUAAGAGCUAGUCUACCUAUGAAUAUGUAUCGAGAUGAUGUGCUGCGACUUAUUGACCAGAAUACAUAUAGUGUCAUCGUAGGAGAAACAGGCAGUGGAAAGACAACUCAAGUUCCAGCGAUUAUUUUGGAGGAUGCAACUCUUCGUGACAUGGCUUCAAAUGUCAACAUAAUCUGCACCCAACCAAGACGUAUUGCUGCACAAUCUGUAGCAAGACGUGUAGCGUAUGAGCGCGGUGAGAAGCUUCAGGAAACCGUUGGAUAUCAUGUGCAUAUGGAUGCCAAACGCCCCCCAAGUGGUGGAAGCAUCACCUAUUGCACAACGCAGAUCCUUCUUAAGCAACUUCAGCACUGUCCAGAUGAAGUCAUGGAUUCAGUUUCACACAUUAUUGUUGGAGAAGAUGGAAUCAUGAGACCAUGUCCAUCAAUUAGUGUUCCCGGGAAAACCUAUCCAGUGGAGAAAAAAUACCUUGAUGAUGUAAUUGAUGAGUUGAACCGUAAUUAUCGCAAGUCUAAUUGUCUAGAUUCUUGUAAGGAUACGCAAAGAUACCUUCAGAUUGAGGAUGACCUGAAAAAAGAGCCCAGUAUGGACUUCAACUGGAAAAAAAUACGAGAUGGAGUUGCAGGAGCUUCAAAAGAGAACGAGGAUUCUUUGAUACCCUAUAAUUUAAUAGCUACAACAAUCGCACAUAUUUCAAAGUCUAAUUCUGACGGGGCUAUUCUAACGUUCCUACCUGGUCUAAAAGAUUUAGAGGAAGUACGUAAACAUCUACUACAGGAUCCUUUGGGAGUCAAUUUUUCUAAUGCUUCUGAAUAUCGGAUUAUUCUUCUUCAUUCUCUUAUGACAGAAGCACAAAACAUAGUUUUUGAACAACCCCCCGCCGGAUGUAGAAAGAUAGUUCUUGCCACCAAUAUUGCAGAAACUUCAAUUACAAUACCUGAUGUGAAGUAUGUAGUCGAUACAGGGAAGCUUAAUGAGAUGCAUUACGAUCCUAUGACUCGUAUCAAAAACCUUAAAUGCACCUGGAUCAGCAAAUCCAACUCAAGGCAACGGGCCGGACGAGCUGGUCGUGUCCAAAAUGGCUUUUAUUACGCACUCUUCUCCAAGAAUCGGCUGGAUACGCUAAGUGUUUACGGGGUCCCCCAACUUCUUCGCUCUGAUCUGCAGGAAGUUUGUCUUGGUACCAAGGGCCUGACACUGAACUACUCGAUCAAAGAUUUUCUAUCUGAUGCGGUAGAGAAGCCUCCUCCUGAAGCUGUUGACACAGCUAUUAAGGAUCUAAUAAAUCUUGGCGCGCUCACCAAAGAUGAAGAAAUUACGCCCCUUGGGAAACUACUGCACUCCCUCCCUGUUGACCCUGAUAUGGGAAAACUGAUCGUUUUUGGCGUGAUAUUUCGAUGCUUUGACCCACUUCUAAUGCUGGCAGCUGCCAGCUGUGAACGCGACUUUUUUGUGCGUCCCCCGUUAAAAAGAAGGGAAGCAGAUGCCGCCCGUCGAUACUUUGGUCGCAAUAGCAAUAGUGAUAUCAUUGCUCUGAUAAAUGCCUAUCGUGAAGCACAAGAAAUUAGAAGAAGAGGGCGAUACUCAGAAUUCGCAGCUUUUAUGUCGCAAAACUUCUUGAGUACAGCUACAUUUGAAAAUAUUCAGAAAAGAAUGAUUCAGAUUAAGGAAGUUCUUGUUGCUUCAGGGCUCUUACCUAGACCUAGUAUGAAGAUGUAUCGCCCUGAUGAUCGUGUUGAUAAUUUAGUCAAUGAGAAUUCUGGUAAUCAGAAUCUUAUACGAGCUCUUUCUCUUGCGCGCUGUCCGGGAAAUUUGGCGGUACGAAUUGGAAGUACUUCGAAGUUUCGCACUAAGACAGAGGGGGACAUUCUGAUUAGAUCUGGCUUAAAUGCUAUUCGCUCAGCCUCCUCGAGCCAUUUGCCAAAGAAUGCGCUGAUCUCGUAUACAAGUAUGCACAAGGAUGACAAUCAAACUCUCUGUCUAAGAAACACUACUGUCAUCAGUCCUCUCACAGUAGCACUCUUUGGGGGACCGCUUUCACAGAAAGGUGCAAACCUCAGGACUGAUGAGUGGAUUUCUUACAGAUUAAACACUAAUAGUGAUAAUUUGACCGCCUUGAAAUGCAUCUCCAAUUUGAGAAGUGGCCUCGCCAAAAUGCUAUCCAUGUCCUUCAUGGAUCUCGCUCAGCGAAAGAGUCUUGUUGAUGAUAACACUCGGCGAGAUUUUAGCAGCGCAAUUGCAUCGGUUCUAAAUCGCUCAGAAACCGAGAUAGCUCCGUAUAAUUUUGAGAAGCAGCCAUACUAUAGCCUCGGUGCUGGUACUCGAGAUAUCUUAUGGCGCACUAACCCUAGGCUAGCUUCUAGCUCAGGCCAGAGACCAUAG